AUGAACAGCAACAAGAUCGACCUGGGGCUCAAGGGCAAGACCAUCUUCAUCACUGGCGCGAGCCGAGGCAUCGGUCUCGCCAUUGCCCUGAGGGCCGCAAAGGAGGGCGCCAAUGUCAUCGUGGCCUCCAAGACCGACUCGCCGCACCCCGCCCUCCCCGGCACCAUCUACUCUGCGGCCAAGGAAAUCGAAGCCGCUGGCGGCAAGGCGCUGGCGCUGAAGUGCGACAUCCGCAACGAAGAGGACGUAAAGAAGGCGGUGGAGGAGGGCGCCAAGCACUUUGGCGGCAUCGACAUCUGCAUCAACAACGCGUCGGCCAUCUUUCCCAAAGGUACGCUGGACGUGCCGGUGAAGAGGUAUGACCUGAUGCAGGGCGUCAACACGCGCGGCACUUUCAUCACCUCGCAGGCGUGCCUGCCCUACCUCAUCGAGAGCGCCAAGAAGGGUCGCAACCCGCACAUCCUGACCCUUUCGCCUCCGCUCAACAUCGACGCCAAGUGGUUCAAGGACCACACGGCCUACACCAUCUCCAAGUUCGGCAUGUCCAUGUGCGUGCUCGGCAUGUCCGCCGAGUUCAAGGAUAGAGGGGUUGCUGUCAACGCCCUCUGGCCCAAGACCGGCAUCGCGACUGCGGCCAUCCGAAACGUGCUGGGUGGAGAUGACCUGAUGAACCAGUGCAGGACACCCGACAUCAUGGGCGACGCUGCUUAUUAUAUCCUCACCUCGCCCGCCACCGAGUGUACCGGAAACUUCUUCGUCGACGAGAAGGUGCUGCGCGCCGUGGGCCAGACCAACUUCGACCACUACGCCUACGUGCCCGGCACCAAGGAGUUCUGGCCUGACUUCUUCAUCGAAGAGCAGGACGGUGACGGUGUGGGCCUGCGUAAGGCCAGGCUCUAA